AUGCGAGCUCUACAAGAAUAUGAAACGGGUAAAAUAUGGAGCAACGUUGGUGUGCAGAUGCCAAAAAACACUGCAAAAGGAUUGUGUUGCCAGAUUUAUUCGAGGCUUAAGAGAGAGGAAGCAAAAGGGGAUGGACUCCCUGCUUCUGCUGUGCCAGGACUGACUCGUAAAAUCAUUGUAUCCCGCACGUCGGUCCGGCCAAAAGCCUGCAAUCAAUUGACUGGGAGGUGCAAGGGAGGCGGUUUGGAGUCGCCUCCAACAAAUAAGCUCCACAUGUCCACUCUGGGAGAACGGAAGUUCUCCCAAAAACCCAUGGGACUAGAGGCUUGCAACCUGCCCGUGGGUUUUAAAUUUCAUGCAAAAAACAGUAAUAGAAAAGAGUCUCCUGACUCCGGUAGAAAGCCUGGUACGGUAGCGCCAGGUAGGACGGGGUUGCAGGAGUCAUGUAGGCUACCGAAACGGAAAAGGACUAGGAUGACGAUCUGUACUUAUAACGCACGCACGCUUGCAUCGGAAGCGGCCAUCGAAGAUCUGAUGGUGCAAGCCAAGAAGAUCAAGUACGACGUCAUCGGACUGACCGAGACGAGACGACGUCACUCUCUCAACGCUGUAUUUGAAACUGGAGAAGAACUGUUCUUAGGAACAUGCGACAGUAGAGGUGUUGGUGGAGUUGGCGUCCUCGUCAACACGAGUAUGGCACAGAACAUCGACUCUUUCGAACAACUCACGACCCGAAUCGGACGUCUGCGGAUGAGAAGAUGUGGUCCCACACCGGCUUUGACUAUCUUCGUCGCUUACGCUCCAACAUCAAGCUACGAAGAAGAAGAAGUCGAAGCUUUCUAUAUGGACCUGGAGAAGUUCUACCGAGAAGAUCAUGCCUUUUACAAGGUCAUAAUUGGCGACUUCAACGCCAAAGUUGGCCCAAGAAGAACGCCGGAGGAACUUCACAUCGGGACCCACGGCCUACAAUGGAAUGACCAGGGGGAGAGGCUUUCCGAGUUCAUCAUGACGACUAAGACCAUCCAUGGGAACUCGCAAUUCCAGAAGCCCUCCUCUCUACGCUGGACGUGGGAGUCACCCGGUGGAGGGUACCGUAAUGAGAUAGACCACAUCAUCGUCAAUAAAAGGUUCUGCCUGACGGAUGUCGCUGUUGUACCAAAGUUCUAUACGGGAUCGGACCAUCGCCUCCUCCGAGGAAGAUUUUCUUUCACGCGGAGGUCAGAGAAAGCCGCCAAGUUCAGCAAGAGAAAUCCCAGAACUACCAUCAACUGGGAUCUCUUCGCUACGUUAGCCGGCUUUUGGGAAGAUUCCGCAAUGGACAACAUCGACGAGGAAUACGACCGGCUUGUCAAACACCUUCAUGACUGCGCGAAGAAGGCUGAGAGUAUUAAAACAACCAAGAGACGCCUGUCUCUUGAAACUCUUGAGCUGAUACGCCAGCGUGGAGCAGCACGAGCCGCAGGGAACCAAGAGCUCACGUCCGAGCUCGCAAGGCUUUGCAGAGAGGCGAUAAAGAAAGACCUUAAAGAGAGAAGAGCAGAAGUGCUGGCUGAAGCAGCAGAGGCGGGAAAAAGCAUCCGCUAUGCCCGCCGAGACUUCGCCAGUCGCAAGACAAGGAUGACAGCUCUCCGGAACCCGAAGGGAACAACCAUUGCAUCGAGAAGGGGAAUGGAGAAAAUCAUCUACGACUUCUACUCUGAUCUCUUCGACAGCCGUGCCCACUUGCCUCCUCACCAUCUGAGGGAAGAUGGACAUGUCAUUCCAGCGGUUCUCCCGUCCGAAAUACGACAUGCUAUCAUGUCGGUGAGAAAUCGUACAGCAGCCGGUCCCGACAGAAUAAAACCAGAACACCUGAAGAAUCUUCCGCCAGUACUCAUCAACACCCUGGCGAGGAUCUUCACACGUUACCUGUCGGAAUGCAAGGUCCCUAAACAGUGGAAGACCAGCAAGACCGUGUUGCUGUAUAAAAAGGGAGAUCCACAUGACAUCGGCAACUAUCGCCCAAUCUGCUUACUGUCCGUCAUCUACAAGCUCUUCACAAGAGUGAUCCUUAAUAGGAUUGAAAAGGUCUUGGAUGAAGGACAACCAUGCGAGCAAGCAGGGUUUCGAAAAGGAUUCAGCACGAUCGACCAUAUUCACACUGUUUCGAGACUCAUCGAGGUAUCACGAGAGUACAAGAUGCCGCUCUGUCUCACUUUCAUCGACUUGAAGAAGGCCUUUGACUCAGUUGAGACGGAAGCGGUCGUGGAAGCCUUGGACAACCAAGGCGUUCCCACUCAGUACAUAAAGGUGCUUCGAGAGUUGUACAGUAACUUCACGACCGGAAUCUCGCCAUUCUACAAGAAUAUCAUCAUUGACGUGAAGAGGGGGGUUCGACAGGGUGAUACAAUCUCACCCAAAAUAUUCACAGCCACCCUCGAGAACGCAAUGCGAAAGUUGGAAUGGGACGACAUGGGAGUGAAGAUUGAUGGUCGGCAGUUAACCAUUUGCGCUUUGCUGAUGACAUCGUACUGA